UUAAUGGUUUUUCAAAAAUUAAUGAUAAUCCUAUGCAAUUAAAAAUUACCUUUUUGGUUUAUUUUGGCGAAUAUGCCGGCAAUCUUGGCCAGCCGAUAAAAUAGGUUUCUUCCAUUUAUUAUUAAGGAUAAAAAAUUGUUCUCAGUCAUAUAAUUCAAUAGUUAGAAAUAUUGCUUCAAAAAUUCAUGAGAAAAAUAAAUAAGCAAGGAUUCAAAAACCAAAAUUGGGCUGUUUAAAUCUAUCUUUGCGUUAUAAUUAUCUAAGUUAUUUGGUAUUCUAUGGUUAACCCACCGUGGACAUGGCCAUUUACAAGUAUUGUCGUUCUCUGAUUUGUGGUGGUAAUAUAUGAUUUAAAUUUUGAUUUAGUUUUACUUAAUUGAGAAUUUGUUGAUAUCAAAGUUAAACGUGGAAAAUGGCGACCCUUCCAGUAAGCUCAUCGACGCUUCUCCCGCUUGAAUUGGUGGAUAAGUGCAUCGGUUCGAGAAUUCACAUUAUAAUGAAGAACGACAAAGAAAUUGUCGGAACGUUAUUGGGAUUUGAUGAUUUUGUUAAUAUGCUGUUAGAAGACGUGACUGAGUAUGAAACAACUCCUGAAGGCAGGAGGGUAACAAAAUUGGACCAAAUACUUCUAAAUGGAAAUAAUAUUACUAUGCUUGUGCCAGGAGGGGAAAUGCCAGAGUAAUUAAAUAAAACAACCUUUUUUCAAAAAAUACAUUAAUUUAUAUUGUGAACACAAAUGUAAUUGUACAUAUUGGUGUAUGUCAAAAAAAGGCAUAUUUAUCUAUAUUUCAAGUAUAUACUAAGUAUAGAAAAGAUAAGAAAUAAAGUACCCACUAAAUUUUGUAA